GUCUUCUGGACGCGCGCAUCCGCCGCACUAACACACACUUGAGUCACUCCAUCAGCGCGCGGGCAGCGUACAGGUGUAUCGCGCUGUGUUGGCGGUUUCAAACACUGAAGAGAGCUACUAGACCAAGACCAAAACUAGAGGAGAGCUUAGAAGCAGCAUGUAACAGGCUCAGCAGUUUACUGAGAGCGUCGCUGUCUCCGUCCACCUAGUUUAGUAGGCACUUGGAGAAUGCGUUAAGAUCGCAACAACAUCGCGGAUUCGUGAAGCUGCAACAGAAUACCUUCUACGCUCAACGCAAAAGGAUCGAUAGUUUUCCAAAAACAGAUAUGAACACCAACGAUGCGAAGGAAUAUCUCUCCAGGAGAGAGAUACCUCAACUGUUUGAGAGUCUGCUGACUGGUCUGAUGUACUACCGACCGGAUGACCCCGUAGACUACCUAGAGACCUGCCUUAAGAAGGUGAGGGAGCUCGGCGGGACUGACCAAGUUCGGUGGGACACGUUCGUUGGACAGGAGAAGAAGUCGUUACCGCCUCUCAAUGGUGGGCAGUCACGUCGAUCUUUUUUCCGCAAUGUUCUCCCGGACAGUCCCAAUUUCCCCUAUCGGAGAUAUGAGCGCCUCCCACCCAUCAACCAGUUUUCCAUUGAGAGUGACUCAGACUUGUCUGAGACAGCUGAGCUCAUAGAGGAAUAUGAAGUGUUUGACCCAUCUAGACCCAGACCCAAAGUCAUCCUCAUUAUAGGUGGCCCGGGCAGCGGUAAAGGUACACAGUGUCUGAAGAUUGCUGAGCGUUACGGCUUUGAAUAUGUCUCAGUGGGUGAGCUGCUCAGGAAGAAGAUGAUCCAUAAUGCCACCAGCAACAGGAAAUGGAGUCUGAUUGCCAGGAUCAUUACCAAUGGAGAACUGGCACCACAGGAAACAACCAUAACUGAGAUCAAGCAGAAGAUCAUGAAGAUUCCAGACGCCAGUGGUAUAGUUAUAGAUGGCUUCCCUCGAGAUGUGGGACAAGCACUUUCUUUUGAGGACCAGAUCUGUACUCCAGACCUGGUGGUGUUUCUGGCCUGCUCUAACCAGCGUCUGAAGGAGCGUCUGGAAAAGCGUGCGGAGCAGCAGGGUCGCCCAGAUGACAACCCUAAAGCUAUCGACCGUCGCUUGACUAAUUUCAAACAGAACACCAUCCCUCUGGUCAAAUACUUCCAGGAAAAAGGCCUCAUCGUCACGCUUGAUGCAGAUCGAGAUGAAGAGGAAGUCUUCUAUGACAUCAGCACGACAGUCGACAACAAACUGUACCCCACCAAAGAACCUGUGGCAGGACCCAGUGAGCUCGACCUCAGUCUGCUAACAGACAGCAGCAGCCUGGCAGAUGUUCCCACUAAAUUUGAGGAACAGACCAAUGAAGAGGUGGCUGGAAAUGCAGAGGCGACUGGAGAAAGUUUUCCUGUGGAGACCAAGAAAUCAAAGGUCAUCUUUGUGAUUGGUGGGCCAGGAUCAGGGAAAGCUCUCCAAUCGGAAAAGAUAGAGGAGCGGUACAGUUUGAAGCGCCUUUGUCCUGGGGACAUCCUGUGCAGCGAGUUGCAGUCUCACAGCGAGAGAGGGCGGUUUCUCCGAGACCUUUUGGAAAGAGGAGAGCAGCUUCCCGAGGACACGCUGCUGGAUCUGUUGUGCGAGGCUAUGACUUCUACUGUGCGUCAGGGGAAGGGCUUCCUGGUCACUGACUUCCCAAAGAAUGUGAAGCAGGCACAAGAGUAUGAAACCAAGAUGGGGCAGCCCGACAUAGUUCUGUUCCUGGAAUGUUCCGCAGACAUCAUGAGUCGACGGCUGCAGCAGAGGGCCACCUGCAGCCUGCACACUAAAGAAGCCCGAGACCGAGACACUCGCCGUAGGGUGGAGGGAUUCUGCAGCCUGGUCAAUCCCCUGGUCAGUCACUAUGAACACAGAGAAGUUCUGCACAAGAUUGACGCCGAGCAGCCCCCAGAAGAUGUCUUUGAGCAGAUCUGCCUCGUCUUGGACUCCUGCUAGAGAGCUUGGACUCGCACUGCCCCCUGGAGGACAAAACCAUCACCUAUAGCUGCACUGCAGACUGACUCGUGUCACACACCACACAGUUCAUCACAUACACACACACACACACCUGCGAUUACAGCUUCUGUAUGGCACAAACACUGGGAAACUACCAACCAGCAACUGGCACCUGUUCAUUUCACCCCAUCGUCGUUCACUGUAAAUACUAGCUCAUAAAUCAACAGUGUUUAUCUCUUGGUAUUGAACCUGUAUGCUUAAGCUAGCUAUCAGCUCCAUAAAACACAGACAGGGUUAUUUACGACAGUCUGGUGCCGUUUUUGUUGUUUUUGGACUGUCGUUCAGUCAGUAUCCUCGAGCACUGAAAUCAGUAAAACUGAUAAGCAUGACAGGCUGGCCACUGAAGAGCCUUUUUAUAUUUUAACGUCAUGCCUUGUAUCUCGCUAAACAUGUCAGAAUAGUGAUUCAUUGUAUAGUUGAAGCAGAAAUAAAUGGAGCUGGAGAGAGAAGUCUGGCUUUCACGAGUGCAAUGAACGGAGGAUUUUCACAAUGAGGUCUGAUAACUGUAUUCUUCCUUAUCAAACAGAGUGAAAUAAAGACAUUUCAUAUGUUUAA